AUGUUUCAUAGAAUAAAUUGGUUAAAACAACGAUGGCGUUUAUUAUUGGUUCUAUUAACACCAUUAGUUCUUCUUCCAAUACCAAUUAUUGGCAAAUCCUCUCAAGCGAGAUGUGGAUAUAUUGUCCUUAUUCUAACUGUCUAUUGGGUAUUUGAAGCAAUUCCUCUACCAGUUACUUCUCUUUUACCACUUGCUCUUUUCCCGAUGGCUGGAAUAUUACCUGCUGAAAUAGUUGCUCCUCAUUAUUUUAAAGAUAUAAUCACACUUUUCUUUGGAAGUAUGUCAUUGGCAUAUGCAGUUGAAUCUGUUAAUCUUCAUCGACGAAUUGCAUUAUUUGUCUUAAGUCUUGUUGGUACUUCAUCGAAAUGGUCAAUGGCUGGAAUAAUGGGAGUAACUGCUUUUCUUUCCAUGUGGAUGAAUAAUACAGCAGCAACAUCAAUUAUGAUACCAGUAGCAAUGGCCGUUACGAACGAACUGGAAAGUUAUAGUAAAGUAGCUAUCACUACUGCUAACGCUUUUCUUCUUAGUGUUGCUUAUUCAGCUUCGGUCGGAGGUAUAUCAAGUUUAGUUGGUUCAGCACCAAAUAUCUUCCUCAAAGGUUUCAUUGAUAAAUUAUUUACAUUACAUAUAGAUGCUGAAAGUCGUGCAGCACAGGUUAAUUUAAAGACGAUGUUAAUUAAACAAUACAAAGACCUUGGAAGACCACAAUGGAGUGAAGUAUCGGUUGGAAUUAUUUUUAUUUCUAUGAUUAUUUUAUGGGUAACUAAAGAUUUUUCUGUUGUACCUGGAUGGAAAAUUAUCUUUCGACAUAAAUAUAUCAGCGAUGGUACAGUAGCGAUACUCUGUGGAAUACUACCAAUGAUUUUACCCAAUGCUAAUCCUUUCCAAAAGAAUUGGACAUAUGAACCAAUCGUUCAAUGGAAUCGUUUAGCGAAAAAUAUGCCUUGGGGUGCAAUGCUAUUACUUGGUGCUGGUCUUGUUGUUGCAACAGCUUUUCAAGUUUCAAAACUAUCAGCAAGUGUUGCACAUGCACUUCGAUUUUUAUCAGGAAUACCACGUGCAGCAGUGAUUUUUUUAGUUAUUAUUAUUACUGGUUUUUUCACGGAAGUAACAUCGAAUAUCAGUACAGCAAGUAUUUUUUUUCCAAUUCUUGAUUCAGUAGCUCGCACUUCAAAUCUUCAUCCCGCGUAUCUACUUCUUCCUUGUACAUUAGCUGUUUCAAUGGCUUUCAUGUUACCUAUCGCAACACCGCCAAACGCAAUUAUUUUCGCUAGUGGUGAAAUUCGUGUGAUUGAUAUGGUCAAAACUGGUGUUGUAAUGAAUAUGAUUGCUUUUCUAGUCAUUUUGUUUGCUGCAACUACGUGGAUGCCGAAAAUUUACGGGCUAAAUGAUCGAAAUACAGAAAUAUUCUUCAGUAUUAAUGCAACUUCUUUGAAUAAAACAAUAUGA